UCGCCGCGCAAGGACAUUUUGCGAGCGUUUUCCGAAACAUCGUUUCUUUCGAAACGAAAUAUUCGAAAUUUAAAUAAUAAAUAAUGAAUAAUUUUUUGACUGCUACAUGUUAGUGACUUGUGAAAUAUCCUAGUGAUGAUGUGGUCGCGCUGGGCACUUACUUUCAUUGGAGUUUCAGUGUUGUUUAGGUGUACGGAUUCAAUUGAUCUUCCUCGGUUUGUGGGUCCUGGCUCCAAUGUGACGGUAGCUCUGGGUCGAGAAACAACCCUCACUUGCAAGGUGGACAACCUUCAAUCAUUUAAAGUAGCGUGGUUGCGCGUGGAUACGCAGACAAUCCUUACGAUUGCUGGCCACGUGAUCACCAAGAACCACCGCAUCAGCGUCAGUCAUGGAGAUGGUUCCUGGAGCCUUGUAUUACGGGAAGUGGCACCUGGCGAUGGCGGACGAUACAUGUGCCAAAUAAACACAGAGCCCAUGAUGAGUCAGCUGCAUUUACUACAAGUCGUCGUGCCUCCGGACAUUGACGAUGAAGCAAGCAGCAGGGAAAUCAUUAUAAAGGAAGGUGAAAAUGCAGCGAUGCAGUGUGUGGCGUCUGGUACUCCACCUCCGUCUAUCGCGUGGAGGAGGGAAGACGCCCGGCAUUUUAAAAUCGAUAAUAGCACCUUAGUUUCUAAAUCAAGCGGCGAAUGGCUGAACCUGACAGGAGUGGAGCGAGCAACGUCGGGAGCCUACUUGUGUAUAGCUUCUAACGGAGUGCCACCAUCAGUCAGCAAGAGGAUCAUAUUGCAUGUGAUUUUCGCCCCAUCAGUAUGGACAGGUCGUGUUGCUAUUCGCGCUUUGUCAGGGACUGCAGUUACCUUGCAGUGUACUGCGGAGGCCUAUCCGGUUCCUCAGACUUACUGGGUGCUCAAUGGAGAACAGAGACUUGUUAAUGGAACAAAGUACCGCCACUCUCGUUCAUCUCGUGGGUACCGUCACACGGCGACGCUUGUGGUGAGCAACAUGUCACGCGAAGACGCCGGCUCAUAUCGUUGUCAUGUCGAAAAUUCCGCUGGAAAGGCCUACGCUGACGUAUUUCUGCACAUGCUUACUACAACCACGACGACAACGACAACCACAACAACAACUACAACUACAACCACGACGACAGCAAUACCACCCACGACGUUAUUGCCUUUCGUGGAAAGCCACCUAGAGCAGCAACCUCGCGAGGUUCUGGAGGAUCCUGCUCUCGAGGAUUCCUACGUCGUUUUAAGCCAGCACCAGAUGCAAAAUCUAGAAAUGAUAACAACAAUGUGACCGUCGAUUGGGGGGCAUGCAGAGUCCCCGUGGGCAAACGGCUGGCCCCCCCUCCACGACUCUUCGGCAAUGACUGCGCCCGCGGCGGCCUUAGUGGCUACCAUGUUGGCAAUGAUGGCGUGAUGCCGGCUCGGACAAUGGCCGUCCUGCCUGUGCUUUUAGACUAAAAUGUCCCAUUGUUUGUGAUAAUUGUGAAUUAUAGUGACUGGCAUAUAAUAUUUUAAUUUUUUUUCAGAGCCCAUUUAAAUAUGAUUACAUGUGUUAUCGUUCAUAUGUGUAAUACGAUAUAUCGUAAUUUGUAUUUAUUAUUUAUCUAAUUAUAAUGUUAGUCGUAAGAU